AAGAGUUUCCGCGUUUUAAGUGAAAGUGAAGAACUUUGCCGCUUCCUUAAGGUGAGAAAAGUAAUUCUUAAAAAAUGCACGCAUGUGGUAGUCAUGGAUUUGAAAUACUGUCAAAAGAAUCCGUGAUCACAUGAAAAUGUACUAAAUGUAUAAAUUAGCUCUUCGUUCUAGAACAAUUAGCCAACCGAUGCAAUUUAACAUGGCUUGAUAUCACGAUAAAUGCGCCAGGUUGUUUAUGUUAGGUUAAUUGUAGCUCACUUAAAGUAUUUUAUUUUCAUUUUGAUGGCUGCGAUAAAUGAGGAUUCUCAAGAAACUUUAAUGUAUAAGGGUUAUUUGAGCGAAGAAGAGCGUCUCUGCAUUGUGUUCGAUGUUGAUAACAUUCGCUUCGGUGAAUUUUGCGACUGUAAAAAUGAAAACCAUUUACAAAAUUCAUAACGAGUGCUCAGUGGGACAAGUCUUGAUUGUUGAAAACAGAAAUGAGCGAUACUAUUUUACCAAAAAUGAGAUUAUACUAUUGGCAAUGUUUGCAUUUACUGUGUAAAGCUUUUGAGAAAACAUUAGUAAUUAUAAUAUAGCUGACAAUUGUGUUAAUGUAUUCCGCUCUCAUUGUUUUAGACAGACCUCGCCACACGAUCUUCACACUGUUUGGCAAACAUUGCACGUAAUUCGCCUUGUUUUGUGCUUUUACUCGAAGGUGACAUUUUUCAAGCAAUGAAACUUUUCAUUUUCGAUAGAUGUGAAAUGUGGUUUAAAUUCAAAAUUACACGUAUCCGAAUAGACCACGAAAAUAUACCACUUUUAAAUCGUCUAACUCUUUGACAAGCGUAAACCGCGAAGACUCGAUGGGUAUUUAAAAUUUUUAUGAUUAAAAAAUAAGCGAGAUAAAUGCAAUAUCUUAAAAAUUGUCGAAGACUGCCUUUCUCUAAACAGAUAAAUUCUACUGUUUUAUUAUAAGUGUUCGCUUAUUUCGGUUAGUUUGCGUGGGUUUUAUAUGUAAAUUAUGUGGAACCAUACACUAAUGCACUAUCUGUAUUCGGUUACCUUUUAUGGUUGUUAGGAACUUAGUUUUAAAAUAAUUCAGGUUCUUAGAUAAUACCAAGUGAGGUUAAUAUUGUAAUUGCAUGUCUUCCUCUAAGGGCUUUGUUAUUUUUCAAGUUUAUUUGUUAUUUUGAUUACUUGCUGAUGUGGAGAUAGAUGGACGACCAAAUAAAAAAAAUGGGAACCCAAAAUUCAAGAUGAGCAGGCCUUGAUUGAUUUUUAGCUGAAGUUGUUCUAAGAUCCAAGAUGAAACAUACCUCAGGCUCCAACUUCUGUAGCAAAAUAAUUAUUUUUCAGGCCUCAAUACUGGGAGUGUUUAAACAUGUUUACAUGCAGACUAAACAUUAUCCAAAAAAAGCAUUGGAGAGCACAAUUUGUGGUGCCCACAAUGUGAGUCUUGUUUGAGGCUUAUAUGCACAAUUUUAAAACUAACUUUUGCAAUGAUGAUACUUUAUUUUUAAGAAUGUCAUGGGCUUGGCUGGGCCCAGUAGAGAAAGACAAAAAAUUGAUGGUCAAAGUUACUGAUAACAGCUAACAUGGCAACUUGUGAUGGAAGUACUGCAACUUUGGAGAACCUUGGUCAGGGACUCUUUGGCAUUCAAUUGGAGGUGAAUUACAUUAUUUAUACCACUGAUGAUAUUUCUUUUAUAGUUAUGAAGAAAAUUUUUCGUUGUUUAAUAUAAAAUGAGUUAAUUUGCACUGACCUUUGUUAGGUGACUGAAAAAUUGCUGGAAGCAGAGAAGAAGAAACUAACUCAGUUAGAGCUACAGCUUGUUGAAGAAUCAGGAAGUGGAAUAAGUGGUGUUGAGAAGGUAAGUUUAACUUAGGAUAAAUGAAUAAAGGGGGGUAAGUUUCAAAACAAUCUGUGGUGCUCUAUUGGCAGGGGGGAUACAAGAUAAUUUGGCUUUAUCAACUGAGCUGAUGAUGUAAAUUGGCUACCCUAAAAUCAGUUUCUAAUGCUGACACUUAAGAGGGUAAGCCUUCGGUCAGAGCAAAAUAUUAUGUUAAUUGGUAUGGGUAAAGUCAGUUUCUAGAGCUGACAUUUUAAGCAUUAGCACCUUGUCAGAGCAAAAGAUAAUGUAAAUUGGCCACUGUGCAGAGUUUCCUCGGCUGAUGUUUCCAGCAUCAGCCCUUUGUCUUUCGCUCCGAGGAAGGGUUAAGGCAUUGAACAUCGGCUUUCAAAACCCUUUAUGCCAGCCAAUUUAUAUCAUUAACUCAGUUGAUAAGGUCAAAUUAUCAAGUUUAAGGUAACCCUGUGCUGAAUCUCCUUGCAGUUUUUUAAAUCCAAGCGACCCAGAGAUUUCGGUCGAAAAAUAAUUUUCUUGCUGUUCUGGAUAGAUCGUUUUAUUUGAAGUUUUUUCAAAGAGUAAAAGCAGUACCUAUGAUUCUUUUUCUUUUUUUUUUCUUUUUUUUUUUACAGGAAAAAGAGUUAACCCGCCAAAAAUCAAACUAUGCGUAAGUAAAGUUCAAAUUCAGUAUUUAUUGGUCUGAUUUGGAUUUUAGAAGUAACACAUCCAAGUGGUGUUUCUUCUUAAAUUGCAUCAUUGACUCUGUAGGUUAAGCUAAAAUUUAAAAUGUUGAUUUUUGUGGAUUUGUGCAAACUUGCAGACUGUUGCAUAAUAAUUAUUCCUAAAACAUACAGGUGUGGACUGUAUAGUUAAGCUUUGUAUUUUCAUCUGUGCAGACGCUUGUCAAUACAGCAUCACCAGCUUGCCAAAGAAUAUGAGGAAGCUGCAAGAGGUCUGUUGAGAAGAUCAACCAAGCAGAGAAAGGUAAUUGUACACCUUAAAAUAAUUUACUGUGACUUUGUUACUUUAAACAUUGUCUAUUUUUAUCAAUUAUUUGAUCCUUAUAUUUAUCAUAUUUAAAUGUUUUUAAGCCUUUUUAUACACUAUUAUUUUAUACUUUGAUUUAAAAUAAAGAAGGAAAUGUGCAUGUAGACUGUAUUAUAUUUCAACAUAAACAAGGUGAUUGUAAUUGGGAGGGAAACAGUAAGAAGAACACUGUAAUAAAUAUUCCUCGCCUUUGAUUUUAUUUUUUUCUCUUUCUGUUGUAGUCUUCAAGAAGUGUUCCAUCUCUUGGUUUUAAGCAAACCGUCAAAGCAAGGGUAAAUAUGCUAGACUUUCAUGAGGCAUUGUUAAAUUUAAACUUAUAGCUGUGAGUAUUGUUAUUAAUAUUCACAUAUACUACAAGUAAAUCACAUGUAGUAGACAGUUAAUUGUAGUAAAGUUCUUUUAAGAAUUUAAUAGUUAUUAAGCAAAAUGCAUCAAAUCUCUUCAUUGAUGAAUAGCAUGUAUUAGCAUUAUUUUCUAUGUUAAGGAAGUUCUUAUUUGAUCAUCAUUUAGCAAGGAUGAUUAAAACAAUUUUGAUGUUAAACAACCUAUCCCCAAAUUUUUAACCUGAAAAGUAAAUAGUAAUCAGGUGAAUGAAUCUUAGAUAUGGCUCACUUUGUUUUUUCAGCCUACCAUCUUUGGAAAUUUGGUGGAUGAAGAUUGGGAAAAUCACAAUAGAUCUGUAAGAAUUCAAAUAAUUUGAAAUUUUAAUCAUUUUGAUAUUUACAGGUAUACAGAGGCUUGCCUUUUAGUUGCCAAAAAUUAUGAACUGGUCGCUAAAAAUUACCAGUAAAAGGAAACACUUUUUUCAAUUGAAUCUAAUGUAUUAAAACUUCUGAUCACACCCCUUUUGUAGCAGUAUGAAUGAUAUUUAUUUUGGGGGGAUUUCAUCUCAUCUCAAGAAAUAUUAAUAAAAGAAUAAGUAAUAAAAGAAACAAAGAAAAAAUAUUCUUGACGAAAAUGUCAGAGCAGAAGUGAUAUAUUAAGCAUCAAAUGAAAAUGGUUUAAAUUAUCUCACUGUAUAAACUAAGUUAUGAAGUUAACACAUUAUGAUUUGUUUCAUGACUACCAAACACAGCUGGUUACCAAGAAUUAUAGACUUACAAUACAUGUCCAGUUUUAUUGCUGCAGAAACUGUAGUUUUCAAGUUGACUGAAGCAUUACAGCUUGAAAUCAGCUUGCCUAUGGAUUAACGUUGUGAUCAAAACUACAUGACGUUUUUUCGUUGACAGAACCUUAUAUUAAGUACAAUAUUAAAGCUGAAUAUUUGUUUUCAUCAGUAACAAUACAAUGUGAGAUGAAUUACAAUGAAACUUCUCUCGGUAUAAUGCUGAAUGUUAAUGAUAUUGAUAUUGUGAUAUUGAGAACAAGUAGCACUUGUUAAGUAAUUGUUUCUUGAUGGGUUAGGGCUCUAUUGAAUCAGUAUUAUCACCCUAUUCAAUACUGACUUGGUUGUUUUGUUUUUCUCUCUCUUAGUCUGUGAAGAAGAUCAGUAUUACGCCAUCAAGAACACCAUCUCUCCCUUCAAACCUCUCAGAGGUAUGCCUUCAGAUUUACAUGUGAACUGCUUUUUUUGUCAACCCACAGAGUAUCAGAUGCAAACCCUACCAUAAUUAAUAUAUAAUUGCUGAGUGUUCUUAUGAGUUGUGCCAUAUUUUUAUGAGCCUGUAGGGCAAGUCAAAGUAGAUACAACAAGUAAUCAGUUAUUUUUUUAUCCUACUGUUUUUUUUUUCUGCCAAGUCUUCCUGUUUAUUUCUCAUAAGGCAGGAAAAGCAAAGCAGAUAGAGAAGUGAAGCACCUGCUGCCAACUUGUUCAACAGGUUUUUUUACAGUACAAAAAAAAACAACUGUCCAUGGCAAAUAACUGUACAAUAAAUUGUAGGAUACUUUUACUCUAUUUGCGGGUUAUUUGUACUCUACUUUGAGUAGUUGGAUGAUAAUAAUCAAGUGAUAUUUUGUAUAUUCACCUACGCUGUACAUCUGGUACUAUGGGGGAAUAUUCUAAAGAUUGUUUUUUCUUCAGUCAGUUAUUUGUGUUUUUGUAGGAUGUUAUGUUUGAGGAUGGACAUAUUACAGCUGGUACCCUCAGUGGUCUUAUUCAGCUCUUGGUUCCUCUUCCAAAUUACUACCCAGAUGUAAGCACUGUACUUUUUGUUUUUGCAAAGGCCAAUAAAUUCCACAAAUACUUUUAAAGUAGACUGAUCUCCCUCAAAUUAUCACCAGGGAGAGUGAAUUGCAAAUACCAACUGUAAUGAGAGCUGCUCCAUUUUAUCACCCAUUUGGACUAAUUUGCUUUGUUGUUGGGCUGAUUGCAUAUGGUCUUCUUAUGGAAUUUAAAUAUCUAAGCUCUCUGGUCGAAUUACAUGCAGUGACUCCCUAGAUGGUGUUGUUUUGCAAUGGGGCAAAAGUAAAAACCUUCCUAUUGAUAUGCUGGGAGAGUCAUUUAUUUGGUCAGAUGUGCUUUGAUAUUUGAAUCCCCCUCAAAAUAUAUACUUAAAAGUUAAUCCUUUAUUAGAUGUUCCUGGUAAUGACUUUUCAACCCCCAAAUCACACAUACAUGUUGUACAGUUGGGCCACCUGUGGUGUACUGUAAUUUUAUUUGCAGACUUUAUCAAAUACUUUACUUCAUGUGACGCUUGCAAUGAAAGACAAAACUUCGAGGGGUGUCGCUAGGUGUGUUUUCUAAGUGUCGCUGAUGUGGGGACUAUUUUACCGGUCGUAGUGAAACCACGAAAAACCAAGAUGACGAUUAACGGUGUUUAUUUAGAUCGCGAUCACGAUCGUAAACUGAAAUUACAAUGAUAUUAUAACGAAUGCAUGAAUCUACUUGAAUUGGUGCGAAAGGCAUGAAAGAAAUGCUUUACAUGCCUAUGUCAAUAACGCGAUUAAAAUUACAACAAUGAACGUGAAUUAACAUAAACAAAUAAUAAAAGGCUAAAUUAAAACUACUCGAGAUUCAAAGAUCGGCUACAUGAUGACCAUUUGUGGCUGAUUAACAGCCCAAAGACUAAAAUGUGGGCGUUGCUGUGUGAGCGUCUAGUUAUUUCAAAUUACUCUUUUGAUUUCAAGAUAAUUAGUUGUACUAUUGUACAACACAGUACAUACGUGUGCUAUUGCCCAAGGAGAAAAACUAAACUUAAACAUAUUGAAAUAAAACUAACAAAAUCACUUACAUAUCGGUCCCGCUUGUGCCAAAGGUUUGGAAGGAAAGAACGAAGUACUGCUGUUCAAGGUGAAAUCUUGCAAAACUCUGGCUUAAAGGGACGCUAACUUAGCUUUUAUAUGUGCGUGGUGACGCUAAAAGAUCCGAUUACAAACCAAUAGGAAAAAGAUAAACAUUGUAACUACGAUCGUAACUAGGCAAACAAAGUAAUUGAUAAUUGAUCUAAUCAAAAAACUGUUCUUUUGUUCGAUAUCCUCAACACUUCAGUUAUAUAAGUGCACUUUGCAAAUGGCAAAUUGUAGGAAUAGUGUGCUACAUGUAAGUAUACAAUUCUUACAAAUGGUCCUUUGCACAGUCAUGUGUGAGGUACAUGUCAUUAUUUUUCAAGAGUUUUCAAAGUAAGUAAUGGUCUUGCAUGUUUUCAACAAAUUUAUUAUACAAUAAAAUUAUAUUAAUAUUUUAUUACUACUGCAGUUUAAGUGAUAUUAAGUUUCUAGUAAUCUUAUUUUUCUCAGAGGACAUAUGUGUUUGCAUUUCUACUCUGCUCAAGGCUUUUUGUUCUUCCCAGUGAAUUGAUGUCAAGAGUUUCAAAGGUAAAAAAGAAAGUAAUCAAUUAGCUCAAUGUAGAUAGUUAAGUAACUACAGGUAAAUGAUUGAUCUGAAUCCAUUUGUCUUUGAAAUUGUAGUCUUGUGCUGAGCAGAUAAAGAAAGCCCCUUCUGAAGAGGUGUGUGAUCUGUUGUGUUGAAAAAAGAUGAUGUUAACAUGUAGGUAAUGUUAGUUAAAGUGGAACUAUGUCCACCAAGUAUUGCAAGUUGUCUUUAACUUGAAUGUUAUAUUUUAUCUGAAUUGUUGUGAGAUAAUUGAUGGGAUUAACUUUUCAGCUCUAUUAUAAAUGGUUUUUUUUCUUAGAUAAUUGAUUGGAUUACCUUUUCAUCUCCAUUACAAAUGUUUUUUUUGGUUUGAUAAUUGAUGGGAUUAACUUUUUUGCUCCAUUAUAAAUGUUUUUUUUUUUUUUUUUGGAUAAUUGAUGGGAUUAACUUUUCCGCUCCAUUAUAAAUGUUUUUUUUUUUUUUUUUUGUGAUAAUUGAUGGGGUUAACUUUUCAGCUCCAUUUUAAAUGCUUUUUUUUUUAUCAUUCCAAUUUCAGACCAAGGUGCUUGCCUUUAAUUUGGUGCAACUAUUGAGGUAAUCUUUCAAACACUUUUUAGAAAUAGGGGAAAAGCUCAGUUUCAUUCAAUAUGGUCAUUUGAGACAAAAUUGUGGUAUGAACCCUCACUAAUGGCCAUUUGAACAGGAGAAGGAUAAAAAUAAAACUGUCAGUUCUGUUAAGUUUAUUAUUUAAAUUGUGAUAUUGAUUUUUAGUUAACCCUGCAACUCCCAGAAGUGAUUAACAUGAAACUUCUCCCUAUAAUAUCCACACAUUAAUCAGCAAAUAGGUAAUGAGAAUAUUCAAACUUAUCAGGUAGAAGCUGCUGUCUUGAUCUAGCACCAAGUUCUCAUAACUAGUUUAUGAGAAAAUGUUAAGCAGCUAGAAAGGAGAAUUAACAAUCAGAUCUUGGGAGUUAACGUGUUAAAGUUCUGUUCUCAGGAGUUCCUUCAAAUGGAACAAAUGAUGACUGGCCCCUUACGGUGUAAUUUAUCUAUACAGUGAAUGGACUGAGACAUUUCCAAAUGACUUUAAAGAUGAAGUGAUGAUGAUGCAUGUCAAAGACAUCACCAGUUACUGUGCAUCACUCACUGUGGUAUGUCACUGUUUGUUCUUCAAGUUUACCCUCAAUAUGCAAACUUUUCCCUUCUGUUCUUACUCCUUUAUUUGUAUUAAAUUAAAUACAAAACAAAACAAAACAAAAACAAUGAAGAGAAAGGUACAUGUAAUUGAAAGAAAAACAUAAAGAUAGAUUCUUUUGUGAAAGACAAUAAUAAUACCAAUGUAUUAUGAGUUCCUUUUUGUCAUCAAAAACUUUGUUUGUUGAAAUUUGUGUAAAACAAAUUAAAGUAGUUUGAGAAGUAAUUUAGGUUGCUCCAAUGUCAGUCACUACUUUAGCCAAGAGUACCCUGACACAGACCAUCAACAGUGGUCAGUGUUCUGUAACACGAUAAUGUGAUCAUUACAUUUAUUUUCAUUUAACUAUUUUGGUUACUUGCUUCAUAAGGAAUUAAGAAGCAUGGUUGGACAGAUGACUCAGUCCCUCUUUCAGAAGGUGCGCCAAAACUUUUUAAUAAAAUUUUUGCUUAAGAUAGACUUAAAUUAAGCACUUUACUGUAUCACUGUUAACCCUUUAACUCUCACUGAGGAGUGACCAGGACAGAAUUUCUCCUCUCAAUAUCUAUACAUUAUCAAACAGACAAGUAAUGGGAAGAAAGAAAAAAUAUGGAUUUGAGGAUUUUUAAUUUUUCGAAUAUCAAAUUCUCUGAACCAACAUCACAAGAUUUGUAUGGCAGACAAUAAGGAGAAUGACUAAUGAGAUCUCAGGAUUGAGAGUGCUAUUGUCGCAAGAAACUUAGUACCUUUUCUCUUCCGCAGUGAAAGUCCUCUCUGAGUUCAAUUGACUCUUCUAGCUUGAGCUUUUUAAGGGGGUUGCUGAGGAAUGAGUCAUUUCCAUCGAAACUGAGAACUUGACUUUUGAUUUAAUUUGGCCGAUGCCAAUGAUUUAAUUGGAUGCUUUUUUUUUUCAUUAUUAGUGUGUGUUUGAUCAUUAUAGUUUGUGGGACUGAACCUGGCCGGACAUUUGUAAAAUUCUGUGUUCGAUAAGUUUUAUUUUAAACCCAAAACGUGAUUUGAUCAUCUGUCACUAUUGCAGCUUGCAUUGUUGAAUAAAUAUGAAGAGAUCCUGUUAAAGGCAACAGCGGCUGCUGAAGACAGAAAGCUGACAGGGUCCACCAAGUACAAAGUAUGUUGGCAAAGUUUUUUUUCCGGAUCAUAUUCGAUUAAAAGUGAGUGAUGUUUGAUAAGAAAAAGUGAAUAUUUGAGUGUUUAACCCUUUGGCCCUUAGGAGUGACCAGCAUCUAAUUUCUCCUUACAAUUUUACCUCUGAGUUAAACAUUAAGGUCAUGAGAAUGAAGGAAAGGAUCCAACCAGAGAAGUUCUUGAUUGUUAAACUAAUUCUCCUUAUCCGCACCUUAGGAAAAGUAUAGAGAACAGUAUGGAGAAUAUACAUAUUGAUGAAGGGCGUGAGGGGUUAAUCGAUGUGAGCGCCAGUGGUGAGAUGUAACUGCCUUGAUACGUUGUUGUUUCCCACAGAGCGUUCUCGAGGUCUGUCCUAAUCCAGUGAUUAUGGCUCAACAGUUGUGUCACAUUGAGUUGGUAAUUAUUACUAAAUCAGUCUCGCAUUUUUCACUCGUUGAGAAUUGUAAUAAUCUUUGGAAUACUGUUAUUAUACCGUUUUAUACUGGGUAACCUAUUUCAAUGUACCAACAAACUGUUACAUUCUAUCACAGGAAAGACUUGCUAAUAUUGGACCAGAGGAGUUUGUGCAAACUUUUAUUCCAAGAGAUGAAGCGGACUUAAGAGUAAGAUUGAUCAACUUGUCUGGGAAGCUGUUUAUUUAUUUUCUUUUUAUUGAGUUAACAAGAUUAAGUUUUUUUUUUUUUUUCAUUUUUCUCUCUUUCAGAUCUUCAUUUGUCCCUUUCGUUAAUGCAUUCUCCCAUUCGUUUCCUUGAUUCAUUAAUAUUUUCCUCUUUCAGUCAACUCUCAGCUAUAUCAAAAGGACAAGCAACUUAGAAGCCUACAUUGAAUGGUUCAAUCGACUUGGUUAUUUAGUGGCAACUGAAGUCUGUUUGGUAAUUAUAAAAUUCUUAUGAACUGAGUUUGAUCGGGCCGGACGGGAAAAUAUUUGGCUCCCGGUCAUACGGACCUCGUUGUGUUUGGUCUGUUUUCCCGACCUGUCCUCCGACUCGGUCAAUAACUACAUAAUAGUUGUAUCCUCAUUGGUUCAUUUGUAAUUGCGUUUUUGCUACUCUAUUAUACAAAUAGAUUCCAUUUUGCAGUGCGUGUGUUCAGUAAUCCAUCACAGAUGAGGUCAAAAUCUGGUUAAAACAACGAAGUGGCACAUCACUUGCAGCCGAGUCUGUCACUGAUGUUCUUACGAAAUUUUGACGUCUUCUGAUACCUUUUAUUGUUAAGACGCACGUCAAUGUGCAGUCUAUUUUUUGUGAUAAAAAGCUACAUUUUGUUAAUGGUGACGUCAUCUGUGCGUCUGUCCUCUGAUAGAUCAUGCGUAAGAACCAAUCAAAUUCCGUUUUUGUUUCAGUUUAUCAUAUAAAGAUAUAUUGAUUACUUUGUUUAGGGGAACAAAAAGAAAAUCAGGGCCAAGAUCAUUGAAUAUUUUGUAGACGUGGCUACCGAGUGUUAUGACAGAGGAAACUUCAAUUCAGCCAUGGCCAUUAUUGGUGAGAAAAUGUUUCGUUUGGUGUAUUACCUGAUGUCCAAUACGUAAUUUAUUUCUGCCUGCGAUUACCACGGUAUUUUGUUGGGGAUGCAAUUAUACCUGAAAGUUUUCUGAAUGUUUUCUUACAUGUAUAACGAAUUAUAAAUGCAAUGAUCACAAAACAAUGAUGAUUUUUGAAACGCUGUUUCGAUUCACUGAUUAGUGAAAUAUUCAAAACGAACUCAUGUAUUCCCCUUCAUUCUUAGCCGGAUUGAACAUGAGUCCUGUGACAAGAUUAAAAAAGACGGUGAGAUUCUUGAAUACUUAGUUUUACUUUUUCGGUUUUGACUUCUAACAGCUAGUAAUUCCGGAUCAAUGUCGAGUUUCUUACUUAUGAUCAAAUUUGUUGUGCAGAACUAUGGUUAUAGCAGAAGAAACAGGGUUGCAAAGUUCUAGUUAUCUAGCAUCUAAUUUCUCCUUACAAUAUCAGCUCUAAAUCAAACAUAAUGGUGAAGAGAAUAAAGGAAAUGAUCACCAACUGUAAAAGCUCUUGAUAAUUGAACAAAUUCUCCUUUUCAGCGCCUUAGAAAAUAAAAAGGGAACAGUAUGGUGGAUUUGCAUUCUGAUGUUAGGGUUAAUUAACGAAACUUGUGCUCGUUUAUAGUGGUCCAGAGUAAAGUGUAGAAAGUUUGACAGACUUGAACGCGAGAUGAACCCGGCUUCGAACUUUGCUUGUUAUCGAGCGAUGUUCAAAAUGGCUGUUGAGAGCACCGGGGGUAGGGUGAGUAGCAUUUUGUCUUUGUUAUGCAAAGAGAGACCAAUGGGUUACCUCAACGAUGAAUCUGAGCAAUUGUUCCUGAUUUUUUUUGUUUUUUUUUGUUUUUUCAGUUUGAAUACUCCAUUCCUUUCUUCAGCCUGUUUGUUAAAGAUGUUUAUUUUCUCAACGAGGGCCACUCAAACAGGUUUGAAAUAAGUUUCUUUAAUGUGCAUAAUUCAUACUUUUUGCCAACGUGAUUUUCGGCGUUAUCUACUUUAUAUGUAAUUAUUGAUCACAACUGGAUAGCCAACGGUGCUUUUCUUUCAAUAUUCCUUCGCAGACUUCCAAAUGGACACAUAAAUUUCGAGGUAGAGACAUCAUUUGUAUCCAUUUCUCACCUACCUACUUUCCAUAAAGCCUCCUAAUCGAUAAAAAGUUACUCACAGAUUAUAUAUUCAGUACUUUUUCCUUUCACUGUAACGUACAAAGGGUGACGACAGUCGGUGGGAAGAUCAACUUUGAAGUUUGCUUACAUGUUUAUCAAAGUCAAUAGCUAAAGAUUUUUAAACUCUAUACUGUCGUCAUUUCUGUCGUUUUCUACUCUCCCCAGUCCCGCUCGUGGUUAUCACGGUUGUAAGUUUUUCCUUAUUUAAUUUAAAUUUGCUUUCUGGUUUUGCAGAAAUUCUGGCAACUAUCAAAACUGAUAACAAAUUUUGUAACAUGGAAGGAAGCAGCUGUAAGUUACUCACUUUUCUUUCUUUAUUUUCAAAGAAUUCCUUUCCCUUUCUCACUUUUCGACUUCUUCUCUUUGUUCCUUUUUUCUUCCUUCUCCUCUCAUUCAUCAAUUUAUUUCUCUUGAAUUACUCUAUAAUUAAUUUGAACAUUCAUUGUCAGAGAUAUGACUCUCUUGCAAAAGUAAUUAAUAGAACUAUAACUGUGAAGCCAUAGAGAUGAUAGAAAUUAGUUUAUUCGUAUAUUUUUUCUAUAUUCUCAGUGUAAAUAUGACCGCAGCAGGGCCGUUUUGAAUUACUUGAUGACUGUCCCAGUGUUGUCUGAAAAGAGUAAGUUAUAAAUAAAAUCUACCUGUUUUUCAGCUGGUUGUUUGGUAGAGAGACGUCGGGAAUGCAAUUGAUUUUCCUAUCAUUAUGAUAUUAUUCUAGACAUCAGUGAAUUUGAUCAACUAUCUUUCGUAAUCUCUUAUCCCUUUACCUCCGAAGGUCUGAUUUUUCAUUCUCCCCUCUGGCUGCUACACAUUUAUUUGCAAAUUAGUUGUUGAUCCUGUCACUGGUCAAGUGUGCUCACAACAGAAUCGUGAAUGCGAUGUUUUGUCGUGUCCGGGUCUUUGGUUACUGAUCGCUUUUUUGAUUUGGUACAUCCAAUGCAUCGCCAACGCCGUUUGUAUGUGGCAAUUUGACUUUAUGAAAAUCAUCCCCUCACCUUACACUGUGAGCGGCCUCGUCUGUUGUUGUUGGCAGUAGAUGAGGUUUCGGAAGUUUUCUUUCAAUUAUUUGUUUUAACUUGAUGUCCCUGAUCGGUGUUAAAAUUUUUAUAUUUAGAUUUAGCUUUGAUGUCGUAUGAAUGUGAAGCACCUGAAACACAGUUCGAGAAAGAAAGACGCAAAUCUCUAAGGUAAGUUCCGACGUAAUCACCACAGUGCCUUCAUCUUGUCACCAUUGCAAAACUUUAUUUGAAUUGGUGCUGCAACCCAAAGCACUUUUCUCGUUUUCAACUUGGAAUGAUACCUUUGUUGUAUCUCGUGUAUGUCUAAAGAAUGAAAAAGCCUAUUUCCCAACAGUUUCGAGACUUUUUUUCUACUUUGUUUUUUUAUCAAAGUUGCGGACUACUCUUUUCUCUUUCCAGGUGUGAAAGAAAUGCGGAGAGAAAAUGAAAAGACAUUUCCUGAAAGUAAAUGUUUCGAGGCAUUUGUAUUUAAGUAAGCGUUUAACCUGCAUCACAGUGUAAUCGAAAACAAAAAAGGAAAAACCCAACCAAAAAAGUAAUAAGUCUAAACUUGGAGGAAACUGCAUGAAAUAAUUAACCUCCUGUCCAGUACAUCUAGACUCCUUCGCCCAAAACUGUAUUUAUUUUUUUCCUUUUUUUCGGAUUUAUAUGCCUUUUGAUGGAAAAACACCCAUUCCAGUUUUAAUAGAUCCCUCACUCAAGGUUAAAAAAAAAAACACGUGAAUUGUAUUUUAUUGUUGGGGUUGUAAACUUCUAUAAACUAUCGUCUUUGCCUAAAACUCGUUGAAUUACGAGGCAAAUGAGUUGUUUUUCUCACUUUCUGUUUUCGAACGAAUUUUGUAAAUGAAGGUAGUGAUUGACUUUUCGUGUGAUUGAUGUUAUAUCUGAAUAUACUUGCAAGAGAUGCAACGUACUCGAAUUUUCAAUAUUCUAAAAAUAAUUUCUUAUUCUUAUUGUAAUAUAUUACCAGAAGUGUUUAAAAUGUCCGCUGAGAAUUCAAUUUGACUUCGUUCUGAUAGUUUUUAAGAUGUAUAGAGUAGUCUAAUAUUUAAAAAAGUAGACUUUUUGCUAUGAAAGGUUCAGAAGAAGCUUUAUGCAGAGUUCAUUUUCAGAAAUAUUACAAAAUAAUAAAAAAAUAGUUGCUGAAUUUCUAGGAUAAGUGGUAAGUUUUAUACAUUGCAAAAGUUGAUGUCAUUUAUUUGCACGUAGGUUGUAGAAGAAUGAGCGCCUAUUUUGGGUGAAACUAGUUUUUAAAUUUUAAAAGUUAUGAAGAACUCAGAGUUCAUUGAGUAUUAACCGUAAUUUAUUGAUUAUUAUCAUUCGACAUUUUCACUUGCGUGAGUGAGCGUU